CCCUCAAUGGAGCAGAGGAAAAGAGAAGGGGAACGAGGUUACCGGGUGGAAAUACUGCCGGGAGACUGGAAGUGGACCAGUCAGCGUGAAACAGAUGGAACGACGAAACAUUUCUACAUGAAGGGAACAUAAAAAACACACUAGCACACUGUGUGUUAGGGAUCAGAGUUAGCCCAGAUGGCCACAAAACAGACAAUCCGCAAAAGAAAGAAAAAGGAACAAAAACAAACGACAGACUCAGUUCAAGCUCCGCACACACAUGGAGCAAACUCAAAAAGUCUUAAACAAAAACACACUCGGAGGAGCGACGAGUACAUACUACUCGGAGGAGCGACGAGUACAUACUACUCGUCGCCAAGGUUGUCCAAGUCGAUGUCGUCCAUGAAGGCAUCAUCACCGGCUGGCGGAGGUGGAAGUGGAGAGUCCUCCAGACUGGCUGCUCGCCCGGUAUCAGCUGGAGCAGGUGCUGCUGGACCUCCUACAUAUGCCGAGACCGACCCCGCUCCCUCUCGAUGUGAGCCAGGGUCACCCCUACUGGGCCUCCAUAGACUCGAGGCGCUCAGCAUAGGCAUCCAUCCGGGUCUUAUACUCGACCUGGUGAGCCGAGUACUGCUGCUGGAACUGAAGGUGAUGGUCGAGGAGUUGCUGAUUCUGGAUACUCAGCUGCUGGAACUGGUGAGUGAAGUAGUCCUAGGAUGGGAAAGUGGAACUGCUACUCCCGUAAUCGAAGGUGGUAUGGCGGGGAGCAUCAGCAGCGUCCACGUCCUCGGGGUGGACAUCCUUAGUGGCCUCAUCCUCAGGAACAUCGGGCUAGUCCUCCGCUGGGAGUGGUGGAGCAGGAAACCCCUCGCAGUAGAUGCAUCUUUGAGAUCGUGCUUUCGCCAAAGACACUAGUGUCCCCCUGCUCUGUGCAAC